UAUUCGUGUUUGCACUUAAAGUACAAAAAAUGUGGCUGUGUAAUGUCRGCAUUGGUUUGUUGAAGACAGGGAAAGAAACAAAACGAUUACGCAGUCUUUUCUUUGUGAACUAAAAUUUGUUAGUAAAAGUCUUAUUUACAUCUGCGCGUUUUUAGCAACAGACGCUCGGUUGUUCUGUACAGAGGGCGUUAUAAAAAAAAUAAAACUCAAACUAAACACACAACCUUUUUACACACUAGCACUGUGAGUCCGCCACACCACUAGAGGGUGAGACAACCUGUGUGAGUUCGUGAGCUGGGACGGAAGUGUGGUCCGUUUUUAGCUAACUACCACCGAACCUWCAUCAACAGAUCAUAUUGUUUUUACAAUCUGCGCAAUUUUUGUUUUUAAGAAACUUGGYUGUUAUUAUUAUCUUCAAAAGUAAUAUAUAAAUAUUUUCCACUGCGUGAUUACAGGUCUUUAAAGCAAACGUAGCUUGAGAAYUCAAAAUGUAUUGUUAGCUUUUUUAGCUAGCAUCGCACUCGUUUAACGUGAACGGAAUGAAUGAGCGCAAGUAAACAAUGAACGGUAUCUACAUUUGACAGCUUACCAACUACAACAUAAUGGCUACUGGUGCUGAUGUUCGGGAUAUUUUGGAACUGGGUGGAGGGGAGAACGAUGGUCCUAUCAGCAAAAAAGACCUCAUCAACUCUGAUAAGAAAAAGCACAAAAAGGCGACAGAGACGCUGACCUUCAAGAGACCAGAAGGAAUGCACAGAGAGGUUUAUGCGCUGCUGUAUUCAGAUAAGAA